GUGGCACCUUUGUUUAUAUUCCUUGUUGCGCCAACAUAUACAUUUCAAGGACAAGAUGAUUAUGCCAAGUACAAGGUUAGAUUCGGAUAUUAACUUGAGAUAUUAUAGUAAAGGCAGUGGAUUACAGUCCAAGGCACAGAAAUUCUUGGAGAGGAACUCUAAAGUACAGAUUGUGAUUACCAUCAUAGUAUUGCUUGGAACUUGUAUGGUAAUUGGUGAUGGAGCCCUUACUCCUGCGAUUUCAGUUCUUUCUGCUGUCCAAGGAAUCCAAUCAAGAUCCUUGAAGAUUACACAAGAUGAUGUUGUCAUCCUCUCCAUGGUCAUCUUACUCAUUCUUUUUCUCUUUCAAAGAUUUGGGACAAGCAAAGUUAGCUUUUCUUUCUCCCCCAUCAUGCUUCUUUGGUUUGGAUUCGCUGCAUCCAUUGGAGUGUACAACAUCAUCAAAUUUUACCCAUCAGUCCUAAAGGCACUCUCACCCCAUUACAUAUACUAUUACUUUGCAAGAAACCAUAGAAAAGGGUGGGAGCUCUUGGGUGCAAUCGCAUUAUGCAUAACAGGUGCGGAAGCUAUGUUUGCAGAUCUGGGUCACUUCAACAAGAAUGCAAUUCAGCUGGCUUUCUCUACCUUGGUUUAUCCUGCAUUGAUCCUUGCCUAUGCCGGUGAGGCUGCAUUUUUGAUCAAGAACCCUGAUAAGAUUAGCACCACAUUCUAUAGCUCUGUGCCUGAACCCAUAUUCUGGCCAAUGUUUGUGGUGGCUACCCUUGCUGCCAUUGUUGCUAGCCAGGCACUGAUAUCAGCAAGUUUUUCCAUCAUUAGGCAAUCUAUGGCACUUGGUUGCUUCCCACUAGUGACCAUGAAACACACUUCGGACAAGUAUGAAGGCCAAGUCUACUCCCCUGAAGUGAACUACUUCCUAAUGAUUGCUUGUAUCUUAAUAACAGUAGGAUUCAAGGGUGGUGCAGAGAUAGGAAAUGCAUUUGGAGAGGCAGUGAUAUGGGUGAUGCUCAUCACAACAUUCCUCAUGACUGCGGUGAUGUUAGUUAUUUGGGAGACCAACAUCUUCUUUAUAUCGUUAUUUCUCAUGGUCUUCAUCACUAUUGAAGGUGUAUAUAUGACCUCCUUACUGCACAAGGUUCCACAAGGUGGGUGGGUUCCUUUUGCAAUUUCUGCCUUCUUCUUGGUGAUCACAUUGUCCUGGACAUAUGGGAGGAGCAAGAAGAGCAAGUAUGAAGCAGUAAAGAAGAUGGAUCAGGUUGAAUUCAAUCAAUUGAUAGCAUGCAGCACUCGGGUCCCAGGGAUAUGCUUCUUUUGCACUGAUUUAAUUCAUGGAAUUCCACAAAUUGUGCGGCAUUAUGUGCAACACGUUGGUAGUCUCCGUAAAGUUAUGGUGUUUGUCACUAUGAGAAUACUACCAGUGACGUCUGUCCUCCCAGAGGAACGUUUCCUCAUAAGCCAAAUUGGGCUCAGGAGGGUAUACAGGUGCUUAGUCCAGUACGGAUAUAUGGACAAGCACAGUAUGGAGGGGGAGGAAUACAUUGCAUCAGUUGUUUCAGCCUUAAAAGAGAUUGCUGAGAACGCCCAGGAAUCUGAGAUGCUAGAUUCUGCACUGAACAGUGGAGCAAUCUUUGUGUUGGGAAGAAUCAUACUCCAGACGAGUCUAAGGAGUGGCUGGUGGAGAUCUUUCAUCAUCAAUAACUUAUACAGGUUCUUGCAGAAGAAUUUCAGGUCUACUGUUGCCACACUCAGAAUUCCCCCAGGUAAGAUCUUGCAGGUAGGAAUGGUGUAUGAGAUUUGA